GGAUAAGAAAGAAGGGAGAGCCUCACACUCAAAAGAGAAAGAGAUAAGGGAGCUGGCCGCAGGGUUAAUCUCCAGUUCGUGGAGCUCACUGUUUGGUUCGUAUCUUGAGAAAUACUCAUCCAAAAGGGGCGUGUGAGGUGUCCACUGAAAGCUCUCAAGAAGAGGAAUCCAUAGACAUGCGGUUUGAAGGAAACGGAGCAGUUUAAGGCCUCCAAAUCGUCCGAACAAAACGCAACCUUGCAGAAUACGUUUUUGUAUUCAAAGUUAGGGGACGAAUUUGUCUGAAAACACCCGUUCUAGGGACUGUUUUCGUGUCUUCGGUUAGGAGUUGAGCAAGCACCUCGAGGAGGCUGUUUAACACUCAUUUUUAAGCAAGGAAUCAGUUCUCAAACUUCCUUGGCCGAGGCUUUGGUCAUUGGAUCAAGAAGGAAUAGUUUAAAGCUCAUUUGAGGUUGAGGCUAGAGCUUGCUUCCUGUGCUCGUUGCUCGAGAGAUCAUCUAGGGGCGAAGACUUGGUUCGUGCUUCCUCCAUUCGGAUUUUAAACAUUAAUAAACAUGCUCAUGGAUAUUUUAUUAUAGAGCCUGCGUGCUCAUGAAUAGCCCUGUGUGGCCCUUUUGUUUUAAACAAUGUUUUCCGCUGCGUUAUGAACUACUUAUUAUGUUUGUUUAUGGAUGACUUGUGUGUGAAUGAUAUUCAUGACGCCUUGUAUAAUAUGAAUGUGUUGGACUGCGGUUGACUAUUCGUAUUGUACGGCGGGUUGUCGACGUGUCCGGGGAGGUCCGGGGCGUGACAAUUAAGUUGGUAUCAGAGCCUUAGUCCAUAAACUUCAUAAUGAAGUCUCAAAAUUCUCUCUUGAAAAGAUUUUGAAAACCAUGAGCAUAGAAGUUUUGUACUUGGAGAGCUUUUGGUACUUGGGUUGCAAGGUCUCUAAUUGUUAAGAUGGUACCCUUAGCAAUUGGUAUGGCGGUGACUCGAGCCAAAAUGUGUCUUAAGUACCUAUCCGUCAAUUGACAUUGAUACGAGUCUAACGACUCUUUCCAAAUUUCUUUCAGAAAUGGACCGUGGUGGCAGGAUUACUAGGAGAAACCUGACUGGCCGUGUACCAGUGGAGACUGGACAGGGCAGUCGAAGGACCUCUAGGGCAUCUAGAGGAGCUGGCCGAGGAGGCCGAUCACAGACCGUGAGCGACGGUCAUGUGAGUACCGAGAACGAGAGCUACUGGUCCUAUGAGGACUCGACCUAUCGACCGGAAACAGAACCGGUUGAAACCCCUUAUGAAGGGGAUGAUGAUGAUGAUGAUGAUGUAAGUGAUGAGGAGGAAAACGGCUCCUUAGCACGGAUUGAGGCACUACUCCAACAAUAUCACCGUGAGCGUGAAGAGAGGAGGGAACGUCGAAGGCGCCGAGCCGGGCAACCUUCGGGCGGGGCUUCAAGGGAGAGGAGUCAUGGUGACUCUAGGGCCCAUAUCGAACCACAUGAGGGCCGAGGUGAUGGAGGCCCGAUCGUAAGGAUCUCCAAAUACCUCAAAGAGGCACGAGACUUGGGGUGCAAACCCUUCAACGGAGCGGGUGACAUCUCGGUCGCCGCGGAAUGGAUCAAGAGGUUGAACGAAGCAGCCCUUGAUAUGCAACUCACCCCCGAGUUUAAGCUAAGGGUGGCGGUGAGGUUGCUUGAAGGGAUGGCAUCCACAUGGUGGGACGGAGCCAAGGGAAAGUAUGGCAACACGGUGACUUGGGAGAAUUUCCGACAGGAAUUCUUUGCCCAAUAUUAUUCUGAUUUUGAGGUGAACGCCAAGAGAAGAGAGUAUACCCUCCUGACCCAAGGGGGCAAAAUGACGGUGAGGCAACUUGAACACAAAUUCAGGGAGCUCGCGGAGUUCAUACCGGAGUAUGUCUGUGACGAGAACCGGAUGGUAAAUCACUUCUGGGAUGCCUUGGACUUAGAGGUGCGUGAGAGGGCAACACAGUUGCCUAACAUGACCUUUAGCCAAGUGGUCGAGCAGGGGUUGAAAGGGGAGAAACAAUGGGAGGAGAGGAAGAGGAGAGAUGCCGAAGAGGCGAAAAAGAGAAAGGGGGAGAGUCAUGGCCCUCAAGGUUCCAAUAAAAAGGGAAACCAUGGAGGAGGAUCUUUCCGAACACCACCGCCCCCACCUAGGGGGAACCAAGGCCCGAAUGGACAAGGAUCACGGACCUCGGGGGUAGCUCGGUGCAAUAAUUGCAAAAGGAGCCACUUUGGUAAGUGUCGUGACCCUCCUAGAUGCUUCCAAUGUGGGGAUGCCGGGCAUUUGAAGAUGAAUUGCCCACAAUUGGGUGGGGCAAGGUCAUCGGGACCAAGUAGCGGGGCUACGGGAAGUAGAAACCAAGCCGGGGGUUCCCAAGUAACCAGGGGGCAAGGGGGAGCAAGCGCGAGUGACGCGCCGUCCGUGAAUCAAGGAAGGACGCAAGCUAGAGUCUACGCAAUGACCGAGGCUGAUGCUCGGGCUAAUCCCGACUCCGUCGCAGGUAAUACACUUGUUCGGGUCAUUUCUAGGCUUAUUUUGAUCAUAUACGUCGUUGGGAUUAAGUACGGGCCACCCCGGGGUCAAACUGGGUGAGUUAGGCCGAAUCGGGCUGGAAACAGCCACUGCUGGCCAGGCACGCCCGAAGGCACGCCGUGCCUGGAAUCGUGCCUGGAAGGCAGUGGCACCCGAAGAGAAGAAAAAAAAAAAAAAAAAAAUUUUGGGCCAGGCACGGCCUCAGGCACGCCGUGCCUGGCGUCGUGCCUGGGAGGCAGUAGCGCCCAGGGCUUUUUCCCAAGCCAGGCACGACCGUGCCUACCCCAGGCACGCCGUGCCUGGCACCCAGAAUGCCGAAACCCGAUUUUUUUUUUCGCACCGUUUUUGCGACAUUAAGACCUUUUCUUGAUCCCUAACACAUGUGUGAACAUAAUAAACCUCUCUAAAUGUGUAAGAAUGGUAGGAAAGGUAUCUUACAUGACUUAUAAAUGUAGGAACACUAAAGAUUAAUGGGAAGGAUGCGCGAAUCCUUAUCGAUACCGGGGCGCAACGUUCAUUUGUGAAUGAAGCGUUCGCCAAGAGGUUGGGGGUGCAAUCCGUACCAUUGAAGAAAACCUUAGUGGUAUCAACACCACUAGGAGAUGACGUGGAAAGAACUUGUUACUAUCCAUCUUGUGGGGUGGAGGUUAAUGGUCAAACCUUGACGUGUGACUUCGUACCGCUGGGCAUGAUUGAAUUCGAUGCAAUCCUAGGGAUGGAUUGGCUAGAAAGGAACCAUGCUAGGGUAGAUUGCUACACGAAGGUUCUUGAACUCGAAGGCAACGACGGGGAGACCCUACGCUUCGAGGGCGAUCGAGGGAGAUCAAAUAGCUGUAUCGUAUCCGCCGUGAGAGCGAGAAGUAUGAUGAGAAAGGGAUGUCACGCAUAUCUAGCAUACGUGGUUGACAAAACCAAAGAAGAAACGAACAUCGAUAAUGUGAGGGUGGUUUGUAAGUAUCCGGAUGUCUUCCCUAAAGACCUACCGGGGCUUCCACCUGAUAGAGAGAUUGAAUUUGUGAUCGAGGUCGAGCCUCGUACCAAACCAAUCUCCAUUGAAUUCCUUGUUAUGUCGUUAAGGUUAACAAACGCCCCGGCGGCAUUCAUGGACUUGAUGAACCGAGUAUUUCAUAAGUACCAAGACCGAUUCGUGAUUGUGUUCAUAGAUGACAUCUUGAUUUACUCAAAGAGUGAGGAAGAACAUGAAGAGCACUUGAUACUCGUUCUUGAGACACUACGAAAGAACCAACUCUAUGCCAAAUUUUCUAAGUGUGAAUUUGGCUAAAGGAGAUUGGCUUCCUCGGGCACGUGGUUUCAGGAUCGGGAAUUGCAGUUGAUAACAAGAAGAUAGAAGCCAUUACCGAAUGGGAGAGGCCAAAGAACGUCAAGGAAAUUCGUAGUUUCCUUGGAUUGGCAGGCUACUACAGAAAGUUUGUGGAGAAGUCCUCUGUUCUGGCAUCAUCAUUGACGAAGCUCACUCGUAAAGGAGCUAAGUUCGUGUGGGAUGACAAAUGUGAGAAGGGGUUCUUAGAAAUGAAGAAGAGGUUAACCGAGGCACCAGUACUUGCACUACCCAAACAGGGUAUGGGGCACGAUGUCUAUAGUGAUGCGAGCAUCCAAGGGGUUGGAUGUGUGUUGAUGCGGAUGGGAGGGGUAAUUGCCUAUGCUUCACGACACUUGAAGAGGCAUGAGGUAAACUACCCUACUCAUGAUUUAGAGCUGGGAGCAGUGGUGUUUGCAUUGAAGAUAUGGGGACACUAUCUCUACGGGGAGACGUGUCACAUACACACUGAUAAUAAGAGCUUGAAGUGUGUAUUUACUCAUAAAGAGUUAAACAUGAGACAGAGACGGUGGAUGGAGUUGAUAAAGGACUACCAUCUAGUUAUUGAGUACCAUCCAGGUAAGGAAAACGUUGUAGCAAAUACCCUCAGUCAGAAGAGUUCGUCUGGGGCAUUGCUGACUAGUUUGAGGGCAUUGAGAGCCCAAUUGGAUGUAUAUCCGCCUGUAGAGGAACGUGAGGAUGUGAACUACGUUGUGCAACCGAUUAAGGUCAUUGAUAGAAAGGUGAAGAAACUGCGGAGUAAAGAAGUCCCAAUGGUUAAAGUCCUUUGGAAGAGCGAUCGUGUCGAAGAAGGGACAUGGGAAAUAGAGGCUUUGAUGAGGGAGUAGUAUGCUUCCCUAUUUGAGUAGAGUUGCGAAUUUCGGGGACGAAAUUCCUGUUAAGGGGGGGUGAACUUGUGACACCGCACCCGAACGUCCUUGAAAAACUCAAUAUAAAAAAAAAAAUAAUUUCUAUGUAUUGAAUUUUCGAUUUCCAAACAAUUGUAAAACAAUUAAUGUUUUACGUAGCGCAUGAUUGAUUUUUGUAUUGUUCAAACUCGUAUGUUAGUGUCGGGUUUGCAAAUACUUAUUUGGGCCUUAUUAAUGAACAUAAGAGCCCAACAUUAUCUAAAUAAUGUUACAUAAUCUUUCAAAACAAUUUGAGGAAGGUCGGGCGGCCCAAACAUUAUUUUGGGCCCAACCUGCUAAAAAUAGCAAGUAUUCAAGAAUGGCAUCGUAGGCCCACUCGGGAGUGACCCACACGGCUAGUAGUCCAAUAUAUGAAUGACAAUGUCAAAAUAAGUGAUAGUAUGAUUAGAGAAGAAUACAAAUGCCUAUGGUCCCAUCUUCGACAUUUUUGAGCUAAAUAAUGGGAGUAUGAUUUUCCUUCUAUAAUAUUCAACAUGUAAGUUAUUGGGAUGAUCCUACACAUGUUGGGAAUCAAUAAUAUGAUUUAUGAAGUUGACUUGGCCUACAUAAAUUAUAAGGAGUACAAAAAGACAUCUCAUGACAAGGAUAAAACAAUAGGGUCCAUCUUUUCAUUUUGGAAGUAUUGGUAGGUAUUUUGGACCCCAAAUUGAAUGGGGUCAUUUGGGAACCAUCCCACAUGACCUUGGUACCUGCAAGACAAAGAAAAAUGGGUGAGACAACUAUGUGGGGCGGACAUUUGACUUGAGAGCUACAACAUUACAAAAAAAGAAAUAAAAGAGGAGGUCCACACCAUGUUUAAUUGCAAUCAAACACCCUACCCUUUCUUUUUGUGAACCACAUGCUUAGAUAUCAUUUUGAGAGCUCCUAAACACCUCCCCCUCACCCCCCAUUCGAACUGAAAGGGAUAAGAAAGAAGGGAGAGCCUCACACUCAAAAGAGAAAGAGAUAAGGGAGCUGGCCGCAGGGUUAAUCUCCAGUUCGUGGAGCUCACUGUUUGGUUCGUAUCUUGAGAAAUACUCAUCCAAAAGGGGCGUGUGAGGUGUCCACUGAAAGCUCUCAAGAAGAGGAAUCCAUAGACAUGCGGUUUGAAGGAAACGGAGCAGUUUAAGGCCUCCAAAUCGUCCGAACAAAACGCAACCUUGCAGAAUACGUUUUUGUAUUCAAAGUUAGGGGACGAAUUUGUCUGAAAACACCCGUUCUAGGGACUGUUUUCGUGUCUUCGGUUAGGAGUUGAGCAAGCACCUCGAGGAGGCUGUUUAACACUCAUUUUUAAGCAAGGAAUCAGUUCUCAAACUUCCUUGGCCGAGGCUUUGGUCAUUGGAUCAAGAAGGAAUAGUUUAAAGCUCAUUUGAGGUUGAGGCUAGAGCUUGCUUCCUGUGCUCGUUGCUCGAGAGAUCAUCUAGGGGCGAAGACUUGGUUCGUGCUUCCUCCAUUCGGAUUUUAAACAUUAAUAAACAUGCUCAUGGAUAUUUUAUUAUAGAGCCUGCGUGCUCAUGAAUAGCCCUGUGUGGCCCUUUUGUUUUAAACAAUGUUUUCCGCUGCGUUAUGAACUACUUAUUAUGUUUGUUUAUGGAUGACUUGUGUGUGAAUGAUAUUCAUGACGCCUUGUAUAAUAUGAAUGUGUUGGACUGCGGUUGACUAUUCGUAUUGUACGGCGGGUUGUCGACGUGUCCGGGGAGGUCCGGGGCGUGACAAGGAUACUACCUUCGUUCUUUAAUAUUAGUACUCUUAGGCUUUGGCACGAGUUUUAAGAGGAAAGUAGUGGGGGUAGUGUAAAAGGUGUAAUGAGUAGUGGGUAAAUGAAAAAGUAGGAAAGAGAAAGGGGUAAUGGUAAUAAAAGUUGGGGUAUAAAAGUAUAUUUAAAGUAAAAACUUUCCUUAAAUGGAAAGGAAGACAAAUAAAGAAAACGUCCCAAAAAAGAAAGAAGGACUAAUAAAAAAGAACGGAGGGAGUAUCUACCGGUCAUUCAUCAUGUGGGUAAUGGGUGUAUUUGUAGUUAUGGGAUUUGAAAUUAGUUUUUACUCGACAUAUUUUUGUUUUCGUACACUGGAUUUGGUUUAUUCUUCACCGUCAUAGUAAUACAUAAUUAAUUAUUACUCCGUAUUUAACAUAAAACAACUAGUUUACCUUGUAAAUACUGCAUACUCCUUCGUAAAGUCCUUGCUGAUUUUUAAAACAAACUAGUACGUAGUACUUCGUAUAUCUUCAUGUAAUCCCGUUAUCUAAGAAUAUCUUGUUCUUUAUCAAUGAUAGUUUUUUUAGGGGAUGGAUAAAAAUCAUACAUUUUGUAGAAAACAACUGUUUUUU